AUGCAGCAAUCUCGUUCAUUCAUGAAGGCUCGGGCCAUCGCAUUCUGCGGCAUCGCAUUCCUCGCCUUUGUGCUCUCAGCACUUCUCAUCGUUCUUCUCUCAUUGCGCUGGACUGUCUCCAGUAAGACUGACCGUGCAUUCAUCGUCGCAUUCCUCGUUCUGGACCUAAUGACCGUCUUCGCACUCCCCAUUCUUCUACUCGUCCGCUUCCGCCCAUGGCUCGACGCGGCUCGCCUCUUAUCACUCGUCAUCUUCCAUUACGCCGUCGCAGGCGUUUUCGCUUCGCAGUUCGACGGAAUCACCUGUACCGACAAGUCUAUGGACGGAGCCGGUGUCUGCGAGAUCUUCAACGUGCUUGUUCUCAUGGCAAGUUGGGUCAUACCCGUUCUGCUCUCCAUCUACGGUGCCAUCCUUGCCUGGUACGCGCACCGCAACCGCAACUUCUUGGCGGCCGAGACCGACCGGGACUCGGAUGAUGAGACCGUCGUCUCCUCGGACUUCGGCAGCAAGGAAAAGCGUGAAACCAUCUCGACAUUCAAUGACCGCGCGCGCAAAGUCGAGUCCUAUCAGCCUUGGAGACCAUACAGCGCCACAUCGCCUACGAAGCCUUCUUUGACUAUCACGAUCCCUCCGCCACCAGUGAAUCGCACCCUACCCUCAGUGGAACAGACAGCGACCGCAAGUGCUACUGCUUACGACGACCGUCGCUCGCCCUUUGCACCCCGGCCCAGCCCAUUCGCGUCCCGCGGCCGUUCAUCUUCAACGACUUCCAUUCCAAGGGCGAAGCGCCCGCAAAGCCAGCCUCCGACAGCGCGCACCCAACAGAAGCCCGUUCGUCCGCGUAGUCAGCCGCCCACUUCGCGUGUCAGGAGACAAACGAUGCCUUCGCCUCUUGCGUUGCACGACGGUGACCGAGUCAAGACCGGCGCAGAGCUUGCCGCGCAGAAGCGUCAGAGCGCCGGUGGUAUCGCGGCACGCAAGGGAAGCCUGCCCAGUUCGAACCUUCAACUUCUCAGCGCGGAGAAUGCUCUCCCUGGGCGCCAAUUCGGGUCGCUCCCCAACCGCGGACAUCGCGCAAGUUCGUCCAUCAGCGCCGGCUCGACUGGUGCGAGCCCGGCGAACCAAUUCGCUACAUGGGGAUGGUCUAUCCCUGCUGCGAAGCCCGGGUUGCAUUCUCACUCUAACUCGAUCUCGUCCCGUUCGCCGACGAGCACAAUUUCGGGAAGCGGAAGUGGCGUGUCCAGCAGGCGGCCCAGUGCUCAGUUGCUCGCUACCGACCUGGAGUCCGGCAGGGGCAAGCGGCUGACAAAGCAACCGGAUAUCGCUCUGUGA